AUGGAUGAAGUAUUUAAGCCUGACAUAAUCGACGUUCAAGUUGAUGAUUUUGUAAAAACCAAAUCAGUUUCAAGAUGCAAAGAUGAAUUCCUUAAUGUUCUUUGUGAAGACAGUGAUGAUGAACCAGUGGAAGGUGAAGGAGAAACUGCUCGUGUGGAACUAGAUGAUGAGGAAAACACUGACGAAUCUAGUGAUGAAGAUGAAAUCAUAUACUCCAUUCAUAAUCCAAAGGUCAAAUGGAAUGUGAUGAAACUGGUUAUUGGAGAAAGGGGAUUAUGUGUCAUUAGUGAUCAACGCAAGGGUCUUGUUGAAGCAACAAAGGAUAUUCUACCCCAUACGGAGGAAUUUGCUGAGGAUAUAAGGACUUGA